GAACGGUUCCUCUCGCGAUUGGCGCAAUUUUGAAAUUGCCGAAGGGUCGAGUCGUGUGUACAAACUCUCGGACUCGCAAAUUCGGCAUAGAGGGGACCUUGUCGGAGGAUCGAAGGCUUCUGGUCAAGGAAGAGCCGACUCUUCGCAGUGAUCCAUCGAUCCCCGAGGUGGUCUUACACAUUUCCGCCUGGAUCUAGCCGUAGUGAGGUUUGCGGUUCACGCCUACUCCCGGUGAAAGUGACCCGGGAAAAGUCGGAGAAACGAGUCGCGGAAGGAAAGAGAGCGGAGGACCCCAUGGAAGGUCGCGAAAGACCGUCCGGGAUGAGAGCAGACCUUCGUAUAGCAGAAAUCCCUCGACCGAACUACAGGAGUCGGCCGAGAUCCUCGUCCACAUCCUCGCCAUCCAUCAACGUCGGUCGAAUCCUUCCAAGGAACCGUGCUCCUCGGGAAGAGUUUCAAGACCUCGCUCCCUUGACCUCCGGGACGUGGUCCACCAGGGACCAGGACGAGAAUUGGGACUCCUCGAGGUCCUCGGCGACCCCUCGCUCUAGGAGCUUCGUCAAGAAAUUAAUGGCCACCCUGGAAAGAAGAAACCAGAAUGACGGAGUCUGCUCUGCCGAGGACGAGUUCCUCACGAAUUUCCAAAGUCACCGUGCGGAGCAAAAAGCGACUUCGAUGCGGCGACUUUCCUCCUGCACCGAAGAGUCCACGUUCGAGCCGCUGGACUGCAGGACCGGGGUCGACCUGGAGAGACGCAAGUCUCAGGUCUUAAGGGAAAAGGAUGAGGAAAACGUAAGUGCCACUCGUACCAAGAGGUCCUCCAGGAUGUACGACGCGUACGGGGAGAGCUCGAACCCCAGGGACUGCAACGUCCUCGACCCCGGGAGCAAGAAGCUGGCGCGCAGGAAGUCGAUCAGGAGCUUCUUCUCAUCGAUGAUGCACUGGAAGCAGGAGAGAAAAUCUAAAAAGGACAAGCUAGGAGCCAUCAGUAGGUCGUGCGACGACCUGCGGGAGGAAAUCUCUCACCUGAGGGGGAACGAUUCCGCCCUGUUGAAGAGCGAGGCCUGGAUGGCUGAAGAGGACCGCUUCAACAUCCGGUCUUCGAGGUCGUUCUCCAGUUUCGUCCCCGAACCAGCUACCGGAAAAAAUGCCACGGUUCGUCCAAUGUACGGGGUGAAGGGAAGAUCGAGGUCCCUGGCGGGGUUGGAAGACGCUUCUCCUGGAAGAAAUUCACAUCCUCGAGAGGAGGGUGGAUUUGCAUCGAGACGGAGUCCUGCACAGGACGUUAUAAUGGAGAACACGGUCGUGAAGCCCUCCAUGGUGAAGAAUAUUACCAGGCAAUUGACGCAGACUCGAAGUCGUCCUUGGGAUCGGAAUCUUAUUCCUGGAUCUAAGGAAAACUCGAAUUUCGUAGGGAUUCUUCGGAGUGGUAGGUCUCUGGAGAACAUGUACGACGUUCCUCGCCCGGUUUUCGGGCCCAAGGAUAAUGGGGAUUUCGUAGUGUCUAGCAGAGCAUCGCUUGAUCGUCACUCGAGCGAUUAUGCCAAGGGCGGAACUCGAUAUUCCGGAAUGAUCGGCAAAGCCGAAAGGCGAUGAUUUAUCGGCUGUUAUGACGAGAUUUUUCUACCCUACUGCUGCAGUCCCCUGCACCUAUGACCAAUGACAUAUACACGUUAAUAUUAUUACUCCUACCUUUUAAGUUAUCGCAAAUUAUUAUGUACUCGUAGACGCAAUAUUAGCGUCGGCCCUGAUGAUCGAAUUUCCUUUUUUCACUUCGCUUAUUUGUAUCUGGAACAGAUAAAUUAAGGAUUAAAUUA